AUGAGAAAGAAUUUAGUUUCAAAUUCCUGUCUCACUUUCAUCUUGUAUGCCCCUAAGUACUCUGUCUACAGUACUACCACACACCUUAUCUACAACAUGAUCUCCUUGGAAGCCAUUCCCGAAUCCCUCCGGUUAGACAAGGACGUCACUCCAUACAUAAAUCGCUCAAUUGAGCUCAACGACGCAAAUCCCGUGGUCAGCUACUACUGUAAGCUCUAUGUACUUGAGCAUAUCUUAACUCUGAAGCAACAUCUCGAUAAUAAAGAGGUAGAGAUCUUCACCAUAUCAUUAUUGGACGAGACAGAGCAGACCAAGAAUUCGCAAGAUGACGAGGCACUUCGAACUGUCCUCAACAGUCGCCAGCUCUCGCUCAACGCAGUUUUUGUCUUUGCUUUCAAGAUCUUUAACAGCUGUUUGGAGGAUUUGAGCAACUACGAUGGAGUCAGCAAGGCUAAGAUUGGCUCGAAAAUCAAGGCGGCUUUGAAUUUCUGGUCACUCCUUCUGUUGUUUAGCAAUGAGAAAGAGGAAACUGUAGACUAUGCAAACACCACAGGAGGCCAAUGUAAAACCGCCGAGGAGUUUGCAGGAUUUUGCAAAGAGAAGCAAAAGGCUUUGAAGUUCCAGUUGAGCCGGCUCAUCAAGAACGAAAUUCCUGUCAAAGCAGAUGAUGACGAUGAGCUUGAGCGUGAGCUUGAAUUCUUGACUUUCAAGAGUGAGCAGGAUAAGGGAAUCGAUGAUGUAGGGGAAAUUAAUGAAGAAGCAUUCACCGAAGAUAGUGAUAUACCUGAAACGGCCCCAGCUGGCCCAACCAAGAAUGAGAAGAAGGACGACCUGAGCGCCUUGCCCCCCUCAUCGAACAAUGGAUUCAAUGGACUCGACUUCGACGACACUGAAGAUUUCAGUCUCCCUGGUGCUCCAAAAUUUCUUCCCGGAGACGAUAGCGCCGAUUUCAAGCUUCCUGGCGCACCUAAGUUUCUUCCUGACGACAAUGAUGGAGAGUUCAAGCUUCCAGGAGCCCCCAAAUUUCUUCCAGAUGAUGACUUGUCUCACAUAAAUAAGAAAUCUUCGAUUGUUGUGUUCUCUCCCGAUGAGCAACCAAAAUCGAGUGCUCCGCCACCUCCAGCCCCAAAGCCAAAGCCAGAGCCUCCAGCACCGGCGCGAGUUGAGAGCAACAAGCUGCCAGCUGUUCACGUAACGAAGGAAAAUCUCAGCUCGAUCCUAGACUUCAGUGAACAAAUCACUAAGAUUCAAAAGCAUGCCAAGUUUGCUAUAUCGGCACUCAACUACGAGGACCUAGAAACUGCAGAGAAAGAACUUCUUCAAGGCCUCGAGCUUCUCAGAGUCGCUAAAAGUAGACAGUAA